AUGCCAACAACACUCAUCGUGGGCGGCCAUGGGAGAGUGGCGUCCCACCUGACGCGCAUCCUCACCAACGAGGAAAAGCCGCCUCAUACAGUCCACAGUAUCAUCCGGACCGCUGACCAGAUCUCAGACAUUGAGAAGCUCGGCGCAUACCCGAUCGUGCAGUCUAUUGAGGAGGCCACGGUUCCGGAGCUGUUGACGACACUGAGCAGAGUCAAGCCAGACAUUGUCGUCUGGGCUGCGGGAGCACCAUUUGGGUCUGGCGAUCGAGUCGACAAAGUGGAUAGAGAAGGCGUUAUCAAGGUGAUGGAUGCACUGGCCAUUGCAGCUCAGGCGGGCGAUACUGGCAAGAGAUUUGUGAGCAUAAGUGCUCUGGAUCUGCGGGACCGUGACAACAAACCUGUGCCAGACUGGUACGAUGAAUCAGACAAAAAACAAAGCGACAGGGUUUGGGCCACCAUCGAAUCACAUAUGCUGGCUAAACUCGCCGCUGACAAAGAUAUGAGAACUGGCAACGACAAGCGCGGUCUCGAUUAUACGAUGGUGCGACCUGGAGGGCUCAGUAAUGAUUCGGGAGAGAACCUUGUUGCUGCGGGCAAAGUUCAUCUAGGCAGACCGAUCAAAAGAGAAGAUCUUGCAAGGACUGUAGCAGAAUGUAUCAAGACCGAUGAAACUAUUGGGUUGGCAUUUGAUGUUGUCGGCGGAAAUGACUCCGUCGCUGAAGCUGUGAAGAAUGUCGGGCAUCACAAAGUCGAUACCUUUGAAGGAUAUUUUUGA